AUGCCUGGGAAGAGCGGCUGGGGCUGGUGGUGGGCCCGGCUGCCCUUCUGCCUGCUCCUCAGCCUCUAUGGCCCCUGGGUGCCUUCCUGCCUGGGGAAGCCCAAGGGCCACCCUCACAUGAAUUCCAUCCGCAUAGAUGGGGACAUCACCCUGGGGGGCCUGUUUCCGGUGCACGGCCGGGGCGCGGAGGGCAAGGCCUGCGGGGAACUUAAGAAGGAAAAGGGCAUCCACCGGCUGGAGGCCAUGCUCUUCGCUCUGGAUCGUAUCAACAACGACCCGGACCUGCUGCCCAACAUCACGCUGGGCGCCCGCAUUCUGGACACCUGCUCGAGGGACACCCACGCCCUGGAGCAGUCGCUGACCUUCGUGCAGGCGCUCAUCGAGAAGGACGGGACGGAGGUCCGCUGUGGCAGCGGCGGCCCUCCCAUCAUCACCAAACCUGAGCGUGUGGUGGGUGUCAUUGGUGCUUCAGGCAGCUCAGUCUCCAUCAUGGUGGCCAACAUCCUUCGUCUGUUCAAGAUCCCCCAGAUCAGCUACGCCUCCACAGCCCCGGACCUGAGUGACAACAGCCGCUACGACUUCUUCUCCCGCGUGGUGCCCUCGGACACGUACCAGGCCCAGGCCAUGGUGGACAUCGUCCGCGCCCUCAAGUGGAACUACGUGUCCACGCUGGCCUCGGAGGGCAGCUACGGUGAGAGUGGCGUGGAGGCCUUCAUCCAGAAGUCCCGAGAGGACGGGGGCGUGUGCAUCGCCCAGUCGGUGAAGAUUCCGCGGGAGCCCAAGCCGGGGGAGUUUGACAAGAUCAUCCGGCGCCUUCUGGAGACCUCCAACGCCAGGGGCAUCAUCAUCUUCGCCAAUGAGGAUGACAUCAGGCGUGUGCUGGAGGCGGCACGGAAGGCCAACCAGACAGGCCACUUCUUCUGGAUGGGCUCGGACAGCUGGGGCUCCAAGAUCGCACCUGUGCUGCACCUGGAGGAGGUGGCUGAGGGCGCUGUCACCGUCCUCCCCAAGAGGAUGUCGGUGCGAGGCUUCGACCGCUACUUCUCCAGCCGCACGCUGGACAACAACCGGCGCAACAUCUGGUUUGCCGAGUUCUGGGAAGACAACUUCCACUGCAAGCUGAGCCGCCACGCGCUCAAGAAGGGCAGCCACGUCAAGAAGUGCACCAACCGCGAGCGCAUUGGGCAGGACUCAGCGUAUGAGCAGGAGGGGAAGGUGCAGUUUGUGAUUGACGCCGUGUACGCCAUGGGCCACGCGCUGCACGCGAUGCACCGGGACCUGUGUCCGGGCCGCGUGGGGCUCUGCCCACGCAUGGACCCCGUGGACGGCACCCAGCUGCUCAAGUACAUCCGCAGCGUCAACUUCUCAGGCAUUGCAGGGAACCCCGUGACCUUCAACGAGAACGGAGAUGCUCCUGGCCGCUACGACAUCUACCAGUACCAGCUGCGCAACGGCUCUGCUGGGUACAAGGUCAUCGGCUCCUGGACUGACCACCUGCACCUGCGAAUAGAGCGGAUGCUGUGGCCGGGGAGUGGGCAGCAGCUGCCCCGCUCCAUCUGCAGCCUGCCCUGCCAGCCCGGGGAGCGGAAGAAGACAGUGAAGGGCAUGCCCUGCUGCUGGCACUGCGAGCCCUGCACUGGGUACCAGUACCAGGUGGACCGCUUCACCUGCAAGACGUGCCCCUACGACAUGCGGCCCACGGAGAACCGCACGGGCUGCCGGCCCAUCCCCAUCAUCAAGCUGGAGUGGGCCUCGCCCUGGGCCGUGCUGCCCCUCUUCCUGGCCAUCGUGGGCAUCGCGGCCACGCUCUUCGUGGUGGUCACCUUCAUGCGCUACAACGACACGCCCAUCGUCAAGGCCUCGGGCCGCGAGCUGAGCUACGUGCUGCUGGCGGGCAUCUUCCUGUGCUAUGCCACCACCUUCCUCAUGAUCGCGGAGCCCGACCUGGGCACCUGCUCGCUGCGCCGCAUCUUCCUGGGGCUCGGCAUGAGCAUCAGCUACGCAGCCCUGCUCACCAAGACCAACCGCAUCUACCGCAUCUUCGAGCAAGGCAAGCGGUCGGUCAGCGCCCCGCGGUUCAUCAGCCCCGCCUCGCAGCUGGCCAUCACCUUCAGCCUCAUCUCGCUGCAGCUGCUGGGCAUCUGCGUGUGGUUUGUGGUGGACCCCUCCCACUCGGUGGUGGACUUCCAGGACCAGCGGACGCUGGACCCCCGCUUCGCCAGGGGGGUGCUCAAGUGCGACAUCUCGGACCUGUCGCUCAUCUGCCUGCUGGGCUACAGCAUGCUACUCAUGGUCACGUGCACGGUGUACGCCAUCAAGACGCGCGGCGUGCCCGAGACCUUCAACGAGGCCAAGCCCAUCGGCUUCACCAUGUACACCACCUGCAUUGUCUGGCUGGCCUUCAUCCCCAUCUUCUUUGGCACCUCACAGUCGGCGGACAAGCUGUACAUCCAGACGACCACGCUGACGGUGUCGGUGAGCCUGAGCGCCUCCGUGUCCCUGGGGAUGCUCUACAUGCCCAAGGUCUACAUCAUCCUCUUCCACCCGGAGCAGAACGUGCCCAAGCGCAAGCGCAGCCUCAAAGCCGUGGUCACCGCCGCCACCAUGUCCAACAAGUUCACGCAGAAGGGCAGCUUCCGGCCCAACGGCGAGGCCAAGUCUGAACUCUGCGAGAACCUCGAGGCCCCCGUGCUGGCCACCAAACAGACCUACGUCACCUACACCAACCACGCAAUCUAG